AUGGAACAAAUGAUGAAGGCAAGGGAGGCCGAUAGAGAAGCUCUUAGGCAAGAGUUUAUGGCAAUGAUGCAAGCAACACAUGUACAAGCAUCAAUACAACAGGCUAACAAAGAUGGGGGACAAAAUGCAGAGGUUGCUGCUACAACAAACAUGGACGAAGAAAAUGUAAAUACAGAAAGUGAAGAAAUAUCACAUCAGCAUGUAGUUUGA